UAUCUUCCAGGCUCUUUUUUAGCCUUUGUGUUUAUCUGAAUCCUACUGACACGGUCUCGGGCGGCAAUUUCUCUCCCGUUCGGGUGAUUUCUAGGCUCCGGGGUGACCCUCCAGGAUACAGCGGCUGUAGCAGCAGAAGCUCCCCGGUAACAGCUCACUGCGUGGCGGCUUCCGGUGUCCGUCCGUCUGCGGGAGGAUGGCGUCCGGCUUCGACAGCAUCCCCUCCACCGCCGGUCCUCCGAGUCCCAAAUAUCCCGAAGGUUGUCGAGUACAGACUGCGGACAGCGGCAGAUAAACCCCUCGAGUUAUCUCACUUUUCUGAAAGGCUGUGUCUAAACAGAGAUCUAACACUCAGCCACUCUCCGUUUGGCAUUUCUCCAACCACAUCCGCCCUCUCAGUCGGCUUGAAAGCACAAUUCCUCUACUGAGCUUUGAAUCCCUGUGUGAGAAGUGGCAGGAUGACGGAGGCGUGGCAGCAGCAGCAACAUGCAGUGGCUCCGCCUUCUGUUGUGCACACGCUCCCUCCGGGGGCCGAAAACUCUCUGGGCUGUGCAGUGUACGGAGUGGUCCUGCAGCAGGACACCUCCCUGCAGCAGCCCCAGCACGGCCAGCAGCUCUCUGUCCAAACCCAGCAGCCCUCCCUACAGGUAGGGGGCGAGAGAGGGCACAAGUGUGGAGCCUGUGGCCAUGACAUCUCUCACCUGGCCAACCCUCAUGAACACCAGUGCAUGGUGAGCCAAGACCGCUCCUUCCAGUGCACCCAGUGUAUGAAGAUCUUCAGCCAGGCGACCGACCUGCUGGAGCAUCAGUGUGUGCAGGUGGAGCAGAAGCCGUUUGUGUGUGGUGUGUGUAAGAUGGGCUUCUCCCUCCUCACCUCUCUGGCCCAGCAUCACAAUUCCCACGGCAACGGAAACAACCCCAUGAAAUGCUCCAUCUGUGAGAAAACAUACCGGCCGGGCUCUGGAAAUGUCACCCCCACCUCAUCAGCUGCCAACCCUCAGCAGCCCUCCACUGGAGAGACGUCCAGUGGCGGAGCAGCAAUCAGUGCCUCGUCUCCACCCUCGUUUGAGGCCUCUGCACCUGACCGGCCGUACAAGUGCUCAGUGUGCCAUAAGUCCUUCCGCCAUCUGUCCGAGCUGACCCGCCACGAGAGGGUGCACACUGGGGAGAAGCCAUACAAAUGUGACACGUGUGACAAAAGCUUCAGCCAGUCCUCACACCGCCACCACCAGCGCACCCACAGCUCCGAGCGGCCGUAUAAAUGUGCCGUGUGUGAGAAGAGCUUCAAACAUCGUUCUCACCUGGUACGUCACAUGUACGCUCACUCCGGCGAGCACCUGUUCAAGUGCAAUUUGUGUGAGAUGCACUUCAAAGAGUCGUCCGAGCUGCUGCACCAUCAGUGUCAGCCUGAGGGGGAGAGACCUUUCCGCUGCGGUUCCUGCGGAAAGAGCUUCAAGCGCCCGUCUGACCUGCGGCAGCACGAACGCACACACUCAGAGGAACGGCCUUUCCAGUGUGAGGAGUGCCAGAUGAGCUUCAAGCAGCAGUACGCCCUUGUUCGCCACCGCCGCACUCACAAAAACCCGGCCGAUCGCCCUUUCAAGUGUAACCUGUGUGAUAAGGGCUUCCUCCAGCCGUCCCACCUGCUCUACCACCAGCAGGUUCACGGGAUGGAGAGUCUGUUCAAGUGUGCAUCCUGCCAGAAGUCCUUCAGCCAAUCAGGAGAGCUGCUGCGACACAAAUGUGGCGGCGAGGUGGAGAAGCCCUACAAGUGCGACGUGUGCGGCAAAGGUUACAAAAAGAACUCUACGCUGCAGCGCCACCAGAACUCUCACUGCACGGAGAAGCCACUGAAGUGCUCCCUGUGUGACAAGCGCUUUGUGUCAUCGUCUGAGUUCGUCCAGCACCGCUGUGACCCGACCCGCGAGAAGCCACUGAAAUGUCCCGACUGUGAAAAGCGCUUCAGGUACUCGUCAGAGCUGCAGCGCCAUCGACGCGUCCACACCGGGGAAAAGCCUUUUAAGUGUGCCAACUGCGACAAAAGCUUCAAGCAGCGCGAGCACCUGGCCAAGCACCAGAGCGUUCACUCCAGGGAGACCCAGUUUAAGUGUGUGUGGUGUGGGGAGCGCUUCGUCGACCUGGCGGCUCUGCAGGAGCACACGGUCCAGCACACCGCAGAGGGCGAGAGUUUCCCUGAAGCUCCCUGCAUCCCAUGAACCGAGCUGCUGUUCAGUCCUGAGCAGCAAACUUGACAUUCAGCCACAGAGCAGCGUGUGCCAGCCUCCCCUUCACAUACGUAGAAUAUAACAUGCACACAUGAGUUUUGUUUAAUGAUUUUUAGAAACAGUAAGAAUCUGUUCAUCCUCACACUUUUCUGAGUAAAAGAGAAAACUCCAGGAAUCGACCGGCGACUCUUUUAAUUUCAAACACAUGGAGAAAAACUUGAACAGGAUGAAAAAGACGUCAAAUGUGGGAAGAUCUUGAUUUAGUUUAGUCCUGAGUGUGGGACCUUUUCUGUGCUUGCAUGUGAUCGUCUGUUUUGUGAUUCUGUCGUUGAGGAAAGAUGACGAGAACUUCCAGAAGGUCGUCGUGUGUGUGUGUGUGUGUGUGUGUGUGUGUGUGUGUGUGUGUGUGUGUGUGUGUGUGUGUGUGUGUGUGUGUG